CAUCACCAGCCAGAAUGCGACUGCCAUAUCGAAAUAGGAAGGUCACCCUGUGGGUGCUCUUCGGCAUCAUCGUCAUCACCAUGUUCCUAUUCAAAUUCACCGAACUGCGGCCCACAUGCCUCUUCAAGGUGGACGCCGCCAACGAGCUAUCCUCCCAAAUGGUUCGCGUUGAGAAAUACCUCACAGAUGACAAUCAACGCGUUUAUUCAUACAACCGUGAGAUGCCAUUAAUAUUCAUAGGCGGCGUGCCCAGAUCUGGGACGACUUUGAUGCGCGCCAUGCUGGAUGCCCAUCCCGAUGUGCGCUGCGGGCAGGAAACCCGCGUCAUUCCACGAAUCCUGCAAUUGCGCUCGCACUGGCUAAAGUCCGAGAAGGAGUCGCUGCGCCUGCAGGAGGCUGGCAUCACCAAAGAGGUCAUGAACAGUGCCAUCGCACAAUUCUGUCUGGAAAUCAUCGCCAAGCACGGCGAACCGGCGCCACGCUUAUGCAACAAGGAUCCUCUCACGCUGAAAAUGGGCUCCUAUGUCAUCGAGCUAUUUCCGAACGCUAAAUUCCUAUUCAUGGUGCGCGACGGCCGGGCGACAGUUCAUUCGAUUAUAUCGCGCAAGGUGACAAUCACCGGCUUCGAUUUGAGCAGCUACCGGCAGUGCAUGCAGAAGUGGAACCACGCCAUCGAGGUGAUGCACGAGCAGUGCCGGGACAUCGGCAAGGACCGCUGCAUGAUGGUCUACUAUGAACAGCUUGUCCUGCAUCCCGAAGAAUGGAUGCGAAAGAUACUUAAAUUCCUGGAUGUGCCAUGGAACGAUGCGGUCCUGCACCACGAGGAGUUCAUCAACAAGCCCAAUGGUGUUCCACUGUCCAAGGUGGAGCGUUCAUCGGACCAAGUGAUAAAGCCAGUGAAUCUGGAGGCAAUGUCCAAAUGGGUUGGCCAAAUACCCGGGGAUGUGGUGCGAGAUAUGGCCGAUAUAGCGCCCAUGCUGUCCGUGCUAGGUUACGAUCCGUAUGCGAAUCCGCCGGACUAUGGUAAGCCAGAUGCAUGGGUCCAGGACAACACGUCGAAGCUAAAGGCCAAUCGAAUGCUGUGGGAGAGUAAGGCCAAGCAAGUGCUGCAGAUGUCGUCCAACGAGGAUGACAACACGAACACCAUCAUCAACAAUAGCAACAAUAAGGAUAACAACAAUAAUCAGUACACAAUCAAUAAAAUUAUACCAGAGCAACAUAACAGACAGCAGCAGGAGGAGCAGCAACAUGAGCAACAUCUGCAACAUCAGCAGAAGCAGCAGCAGCAGCAACAACCGGCGAUGGAGAGUGAGUCGGAAAGGGAAACGGAACCGGAUCGAGAACAACAAUUGUUGCAUCAAAAGCCAAAGGAUGUCAUUACGAUAAAGCAGCUGCCAUUAGCUAGCAGCAAUAAUAAUAAUAACAACAACAACAACAAUAAUAACAAGAAAAAUACCAACAACAAUGAGGACCCCCUGGCGGAUACAUGAUAUCCGCACAUACCCAUAAGACUGCCGCGUGGCAAGCAUUGAACGUGGGGUAACCUUGGCUGCCGAUAAGGAUAACGAUAACGAUAAUGAUAACUGUUGCAACUCUGCUACUGGGAACCCAAUUUUAAAUUAUAUUAGCUGAGACAUUUACAUGCUUCGAUAUAUAUACAUAUAUGUAUAUGUGUGUGUGUGUAUGUGUGUAUAUAUAUAUAUGUAUGAUGUAUUUGUAUUAGUGCUUCUUAAAGUUACCAAAAAAAAGAAAGAAAGAAAUGUAGUUAAAUCUCUGCAGAACGUUUCGUGACGACUGAAAAAGACUUAAAGUUGCAGGGAGAAAUGCCAAUUUAAUAGCCAUCCUUCUACUCCCACUCCUACCCCGAGAAUCUAUUAUAAUUUAAUAUCUCUUUUAACUGGAUUUACCUUAAUGCGGGCUGGGCGUUGAAUUAUUUAAUUAAUUGUGCAAUGAAUUACUACAUUUGGCCCAUUCAAAUGGUCAUUACAUUUUAUCAACUACCUUAAUUACCAGGCUAAUCGCAUUCAACUGAUAAGCUACUUAAUUUCCAUUAAUAUUUAUAUUUAUAUAUAUAAUUUAGUUAAAGUUUUGCGCUGAUGUUAGGGCUGGCAUUAAAUCACCUUUCCCCUCGACGUCUUGUGCAGUCAAGAAACGCACUAAAUGCCGAAAACCUUAAUUAAUAUGUUGCAAAAAUAUGAAGAAGAAAAAAACCACCAAAAGAAGCUGAAGAGAAAGAACAAGGAGAUGCGGGAAAUCCAUUGCCUACUCUCACCGACCUCCUCCGCCUCUUUUUACGAUAUAAAACCGAAACUUUUUAAUUUAGUUUAGAACACUUUUUUGAACGAAUGUGUUUUUUGAGAGACUCUUUUUUUUUUUGUAUCUGUAAUUGUGUACAUAAAAUAUAAAUAUUUAUAUUUUAAUUUUUAUAACCCAUUUCUGGAAUGAAUCUCUAGCUGAACUUCGUCACAUUGGGCACUAGAAAACUUUCAUAGAUUUAUUACGAAUAGCUCUUAACUAAGAAGUCUUGAAAAUACAAACCUAAGCACUGUUUAUAGUUUGCAAAUCGAAAGUAAAACAAAAAUCCAUUUAGAAGUGUUACGAUUUUUAACGAAAAAGAGCUUUUAAGGUGUUUAGUUUAAAUAAUCAUAAACCGCAUAUGAUGAUGAUGAUGAUGAUGAUGAUCAUGAUGAUGAUAUAUAUUUCCUGCUGAUGACAAAAACAAAAAAGACGUGAACUAGCAUAGAACUAUUACAAUUUUGUAAACUUUUUUUUUUGUGUUGCAAUAAAUUGACUGAAUGUAAAGAAAAACCAAUUUAAUAAAAACCAUAUAUCUAUAUAUAUAUAUGUAUUAAUAUAAAUGUAUAACUUAAACUGAGUGUCUAAAUGUAUAUGAAAGUUGUAAUAGAUUUUAAAUGUAUAUGUGUGCGUGCAUGUAAGAAAAAGUAACAGAAGCAGAAGAAACGAAGUUAGCUAAGCUAAAUUAAUUAAUUUCGAAAAUUUUACUUCAAAUUCAAAUGACUGAAAAAGUUAUCUUAAUAAAAACAUUUUGGUAAAAAGAAAAAAGCGAAAAUAUGACAGUUUUUCAACAGACUGUACUUCCAUUUUGACAGUUUUUCAACAGACUGUACUUCCCUUUUUAAGUUUGACACUUUCUCCGACUGCACUUACAGUCAAAGUUUGACAGUCUGACACUUUUUGUCCCAAACUGUACUUUUACUUCGAACUCUUUCCAGCUCACUCAGUCAUUUGAAUUUGAAGAUGUUUUCAUUUUUUUGGCUAUAACCAUAACUUUUUUUUUAGCAAGAAAGAUAUCCUUGCACACAGACAGACGACACUCACACAGCCACACGAGCCUUGUCCGUCCCAACUGCUGUGUGUGUGUGUGUGUGUGUGUAUAGGAACAGGAUGGCUAUUUUAUGUACUUACUUGCCGUUAGCUUUGUGCUCAAAGGAAACUCUAUAAAUGUUUGGUUUUGUGUUUAAUUUCAAGAAAUAAAAUGAGAAUUGCUGACAAUAAAUAAGGAAAAAUGAUUGCUUAGAGGAAAUUGAAGUUUAUUUGAAUGGCGGCGGCUCGCUAAUAGCUAAGAGAAAGUCAAACAUAAAGGACAAAGAAAAUUUAUAUAAAUGUGUGUGUUUUUUUUUUAUUUUUGUGUAGUUACAGUGCGUGUCGCAACCAUAAAGCUGUAGUUUUGUGUUGUUGCAAAAUGCAUUGAAUUUGUGAACUAUAUAUAUAAUAUAUAUAUAUAUAUAUAUAGAUAAAUAUAAUCUAAUAUGGUAAAUGUAAAACGUAAACUAUUUUUGCUAGCUUUUAAGAUGCAUUUUUUUGUCCUCAACUUUACCCCCCCCGUGUAUGUAUGAAAAUAUCUCUCUAAAAUAUACAUGUAUUAUAUAAAUUGUAAA